AUGCAGGAGAGGAAAGUGGCCGUGAAUUGGUGUAGGUGUGGCACGGCCGCUGGCCGCCGGAGCCACCUUCGUGGAAGCCCGCGUUGUCUGGGUGGAAUGUCAAGUCUUGGGACGACUCCUGAGGGCGGCGUCUUCGUCGUCCCUUGGUACCUUAACCUGCAAGUCGUCGCUGGAACCAUUCCGUCCACCACAAGGUCGUCCUGGGGGGUCGUCUCCGGCGGCCAGGGUCGUCCUGGGGGGUCGUCUCCGGCGGCCAAGGUCGUCCUGGGGGGCGCCAGCGGCGGCCAAGGUCGUCCUGGGGGGUCGUCUCCGGCGGCCAGGGUCGUCCUGGGGGGCGCCACCGGCGGCCAAGGUCGUCCUGGGGGGCGCCAGCGGCGGCCAAGGUCGUCCUGGGGGGCGCCAGCGGCGGCCAAGGUCGUCCUGGGGGGCGCCAGCGGCGGCCAAGGUCGUCCUGGGGGGCGCCAGCGGCGGCCAAGGUCGUCCUGGGGGGCGCCAGCGGCGGCCAAGGUCGUCCUGGGGGGCGCCAGCGGCGGCCAAGGUCGUCCUGGGGGGCGCCAGCGGCGGCCAAGGUCGUCCUGGGGGGCGCCAGCGGCGGCCAAGGUCGUCCUGGGGGGCGCCAGCGGCGGCCAAGGUCGUCCUGGGGGCGCCAGCGGCGGCCAAGGUCGUCCUGGGGGGCGCCAGCGGCGGCCAAGGUCGUCCUGGGGGGCGCCAGCGGCGGCCAAGGUCGUCCUGGGGGGCGCCAGCGGCGGCCAAGGUCGUCCUGGGGGGCGCCAGCGGCGGCCAAGGUCGUCCUGGGGGGCGCCAGCGGCGGCCAAGGUCGUCCUGGGGGGCGCCAGCGGCGGCCAAGGUCGUCCUGGGGGGCGCCAGCAACGGCCAAGGUCGUCCUGGGGGGCGCCAGCGGCGGCCAAGGUCGUCCUGGGGGGCGCCAGCGGCGGCCAAGGUCGUCCUGGGGGGCGCCAGCGGCGGCCAAGGUCGUCCUGGGGGGCGCCAGCGGCGGCCAAGGUCGUCCUGGGGGGCGCCAGCGGCGGCCAAGGUCGUCCUGGGGGGCGCCAGCGGCGGCCAAGGUCGUCCUGGGGGGCGCCAGCGGCGGCCAAGGUCGUCCUGGGGGGCGCCAGCGGCGGCCAAGGUCGUCCUGGGGGGCGCCAGCGGCGGCCAAGGUCGUCCUGGGGGGCGCCAGCGGCGGCCAAGGUCGUCCUGGGGGGCGCCAGCGGCGGCCAAGGUCGUCCUGGGGGGCGCCAGCGGCGGCCAAGGUCGUCCUGGGGGGCGCCAGCGGCGGCCAAGGUCGUCCUGGGGGGCGCCAGCGGCGGCCAAGGUCGUCCUGGGGGGCGCCAGCGGCGGCCAAGGUCGUCCUGGGGGGCGCCAGCGGCGGCCAAGGUCGUCCUGGGGGGCGCCAGCGGCGGCCAAGGUCGUCCUGGGGGGCGCCAGCGGCGGCCAAGGUCGUCCUGGGGGGCGCCAGCGGCGGCCAAGGUCGUCCUGGGGGGCGCCAGCGGCGGCCAAGGUCGUCCUGGGGGGCGCCAGCGGCGGCCAAGGUCGUCCUGGGGGGCGCCAGCGGCGGCCAAGGUCGUCCUGGGGGGCGCCAGCGGCGGCCAAGGUCGUCCUGGGGGGCGCCAGCGGCGGCCAAGGUCGUCCUGGGGGGCGCCAGCGGCGGCCAAGGUCGUCCUGGGGGGCGCCAGCGGCGGCCAAGGUCGUCCUGGGGGGCGCCAGCGGCGGCCAAGGUCGUCCUGGGGGGCGCCAGCGGCGGCCAAGGUCGUCCUGGGGGGCGCCACCGGCGGCCAAGGUCGUCCUGGGGGCGCCACCGGCGGCCAAGGUCGUCCUGGGGGGCGCCACCGGCGGCCAAGGUCGUCCUGGGGGGCGCCACCGGCGGCCAAGGUCGUCCUGGGGGGCGCCACCGGCGGCCAAGGUCGUCCUCUACCCACAAAAGUAGCGUUGAUGCGUUGUUGUGAAUCGGUGUUCAAAAUCCCAAGCAGUGUUUGGCUCUCCCGUGACUGA